AUGCGCUUCAUAUCCCAUCUCGUGCUUACUGCCAGUGCUUCCCUAUCCGUAGCCCUUCCUUCGGCAUUGCCAUCGCAAGGAUUUGACUGGGAUUCUAUUCAGUACUUGCUCGCCUUCGGUGACUCAUAUACAUACGUCCAGGGAACAGAAGGGCAUCAGAACUAUAGUUUCAUCGGGGAUCAACUGAAUCUCGAAUACAAUGCUCAAACUCUGCUGACCAACAAGAUUGUGCAAAAUCAGACCGCGACAGCAGAAGGUGGCCCUAACUGGGUUGAGUUCCUAACAGGUUGUGGCUUAGAAGAAGGGUUAACUUCCCCAUUAAGCUGUACAAGACAACUGUGGGAUUUUGCUUUCGCAGGAGCAGACAUCUCCGUGGAAUACACCCCCCUGCACCAUAAUUUCACCGUCUCACUUGUCAACCAAGUCGCGCAAUAUAGAGCAUACGGUCACCCAGUUCUCAAAAAUAUAGUGGAACCUUCGAGGGCGCUGGUUGCCAUUUGGAUCGGCAUCAACGAUAUCAAUGACAGCGCCAAAUAUGCUGUCCAUUUUCCCACAUUCUACGAUGAGCUUAUGGAUACCCUUUUCGCCUCUGUCCGGGUCCUUCAUUCCUUAGGAUAUCGCUCUUACCUUUUUAUGAAUCUCCCACCGUUAGACAGGACACCAAGCAACCAGAAGACGGCCAGCCCAAGUCCCAAUGCGACCCAGGUGGCAUGGUUCAAUGAGGCAUUGGCACAACAUGCAUUUAACUUCGAUAAACAGUACCCUGAGACUAAUGUAGUGCUUUUCGAUGCACAUUCGGUUCUAAACGAUAUGAUGGACCAGCCAGCGCAGUAUGGGAUUACAAACACGACUAGCUUCUGCCCCGGCUAUGAUCAACCGGAUAUAGAAUGGAACUAUCAAGCUUAUGGCUGCCCAACGCCUCUGGACAGAUAUUUUUGGUUUAAUUCUGGGCAUUUGACUAGCCAUGUGCACAAGCUACUCGCCAAAGCUCUAGAACGCCGAUUGGAAUAA